GAGCUUGCGGUCACGCUGGCACGGUCGCAGUGGUCUAAAAAAAACGUUGUAAAAGUUGUAAAUCACUUAAUUUUAUUGCAAAAAAACGUCGGAUUUGUGACUUUUCGGUGCCUGUAAAAGCACAAUAUUAGUUACUAGUGUAGUAAAUGUAUCGUGCAAGUUGAAAACGGUCUGCGAGAAACUGCAUUUGUAUACAGUGGAGCAGUUGAGUGCAGGUGUUGUUGUCUCAUUCAGACGUACUUUCGAGUUGGAUUGCUGUGCGAGCGAAACAACAACAAACAAGUUACAAGCUUUAAAUACGCUGCUACCCAGGUUGAUUGACUGCUCGCACGUGUCAAUUAACCAAAUAUUGUCAUUUCAGUCGGUGUUUGCAAACAGACGCAAUUCCUUCAUCAAUAAAUGCGAAACUGGAGUUGUUAGACUCCAGCAGCAACGACGACACCAUUCACUCCACCAACUUGAAUCGCAAACUGAUCAAAAUUAAAAAGUUCAAGCUGGACGAUAUGAAGGAAAUGGUGGGCGGCUGUUGCGUUUGUUCGGACGAGCGGGGGUGGCCGGAGAACCCGCUCGUCUACUGUGACGGCCAAAACUGCACCGUUGCUGUGCAUCAGGCAUGCUACGGCAUCGUUACCGUGCCCACCGGACCCUGGUAUUGUCGGAAAUGUGAGUCUCAGGAGCGCACAUCCCGUGUACGCUGCGAGAUCUGCCCAUCUCGAGAUGGUGCCCUCAAGAAAACCGAUACGGCGGGAUGGGCUCAUGUCGUCUGUGCGCUUUACAUACCGGAGAUUCGUUUUGGCAAUGUGACGACCAUGGAGCCCAUUAUAUUGACACUAAUACCGCAGGAACGCUACUCGAAGACUUGCUACAUUUGCCUAGAGAUUGGCAAACCAAAUCGGGCCAAUGUUGGAGCCUGCAUGCAGUGCAACAAGGCCAACUGCAAGCAGCAGUUUCAUGUGACAUGCGCCCAGAGCUUAGGAUUGCUCUGCGAGGAGGCUGGCAACUAUUUGGACAAUGUCAAGUACUGCGGCUAUUGUCAGCAUCAUUAUAGCAAAUUGAAGAAAGGCGGAAACGUCAAAACCAUACCACCCUACAAACCCAUACAACAUGACACCUCCUCCGAUUCAUGCUCGUCUCCCGAGAAGGAGAUUGAUUCGACCAUGAAUUCGGCAUCCACCUCAGCGACAAGCAUCAAAAUCACCAGCAGCAGCUUGAACGCCAGCUCCUCGACAAAUCUCUCGAGUGGUGGUGGUGGGGGUGGUAGCAGCGUUUCAUCCUCGUCUAAGCAACGCAAGUCAAAUACUUCGGGCAAAUCUUCGUCGCUGUCUUCGAGCAGCAGUUCGGCCACUUCAACAGGCCUAUCCUCGAAUCCAUUGAGCUCUUCGAAUGCUGGAGUUGCUGGGAACACUUCAACUGCAGGCAGUUUUCUGCCCGGCAGCAGCAGCAGUGGCUCCAGCAGCAACAACAAUGCAGUGAGCAACAGCUUGACAAGCACCAUCAACAGCAAUGCUGCAUCGACGCACGCCAGCAGUGCUGGCAGCAGCAGUGGCAGUGGCAAUACAAUCAACAGCAGCUCUGUACCUGGCUCUGGCAGCGGCAAUAGUGGAGCAAUGGGCACCAGCAAUUCGAGUACUAAGUCAUCAGCUAGCAGCUCCAGUGGCAGUUAUAAGGAUAAGCAUAGCAAAAACAUGAGCAAGCAAUCCAGCUCUGGCUCUAGCAAGGACAAGGAUAAGGAUGGUGGCAGCAAUUCAUCUAACAACAGUUUCUCUCAUUCAUCGGCUUCAUCGUCAUCCUCGUCGUCGUCGUCAUCGCGCGAGAAAUCGUCCAAAUCAUCGAAAAACAAGGAAAGCUCAAAGGAAGCCGCUGCGGCCACAAGCAGCAGCAGCAACAAUAGCAACAACAAUGUUGCAACCAGUAGCAGCAACAUACCCACUACAUCGAGUAUGCCAGCGAAUAGCAGCAGUUCUACGUCGCAUCCCAGUGCAGUGCCACAUGUAUCUAGCAGUGGCAGCAGCAGCAGCCUUUCUGCUACGGCCGCACUGAAUGAGCACAGCAACCAUGCCCAGAAUCUGAGUACGACGGCGCCAACGAGUUCGGCGUCUGGCAAUCUAACGGGCAAACUGCAUUUAGCUAGCAAUUUGGGGGGUGGCUUUGGCACUGAGCUGCAUCCCACUAGUAGCAGUAGCAGCAGCAACAUCUUAAAGGAUACAGCAGCUGUCUUUGGGGGCAAUAGCAAUACUGGCCAUUUGGAUGGCUUGCCGGGCGCUGGUUCGUCCACAAGCAGCAGCAGCAGCAAUGUGCUGGGCAUGAGUGGCAUAAGCAGCAAUACAUCAACGAAUUUAAGCAGCAGCAGUAAAACAGCGCUCUCUGUGGCAUCUGCCUCAUCGACAACAACAUCCAGUCAGUCCUUGUCAUCGAGCAGCUCGUCGUCAGCGUCAUCAAAAAAGCGUAAAGCAGACAUUGCCAAGUCGAGCAUACUGCUGGACGAUCACAAUAGUUCAUUUCGGGAUAUUAUUAAGGAUGUGCACGUGACGUUGACGCCACUAACAGAUUUUGAGAAGGAAAUUGAAAAGAGCUCGAAACGGCAACGCACCGAGUUGAGUCCACCCACCCACCAAACAUCGGCGACCGCUGAAGUGAAUGCCACAUUAGCGACCGCCACGAUAGCAACCAGCGGCACAGCGAUAGCAACCACAGCAGCAGCAACAGCAGCCACUACCUCAACCUCAAGCAGUGUGAGCAGCUCAGCAGGAGCCAGCUAUGCGAAGACAGAGUCGAGCAAGGCGAGCAGCAGCAGCAGCAGUAAACAUGGCAACAGCAGCAACAGUGGCAAGGACAGCAGCAGCAGCAAUAGCGCAGCAACAGUUGCUGCCAGCAGCAGUAGCGGCAAUGCGCCCAGUCUUUAUGUCUCGGUGCCGUUGUCCACCGCCAAUGUACCUGGCAUAAAUUUGCCCAACAGCAGCAAUGCGAGUGAAGCACAUGGAACCCCGCAGCAACAGCAAUCCGCACAGUCGCCACUAACAACAGGUGGAGGAGGCGCUUAUGCAACAUCUGGCAGUGGCAACAACAACAGCUCUGGCUCUGUUAUACAGCAUCAGAGUGGGAAAUCGUCGCCAGCCUUGGGUUCAUUGGUGAGCAGCAGUGCAUCAGGUGGCAACACUGGCAAUCUGACGGCCACCACCACAGAAAGUGGCAACCUGAAGAUCAGCUUUGAAAAGCAGACGACGCGAGUGCAACAGUUGCAGGAGCAGGAGGCAUCACCAGCGAGACGCAGCAGAACUCCCGAUCUCAAUCUGGCGAGCAACCCAGCGACAACAACAGCAACCACCACCAGCAGCAGCAACAAUUUGUUGAGUCUCAAUCUCGGCAGCAGCCACAAUCUGGGCAGCAACAAUACGCCCAACAGCAGCAGCAACAGUGGCGGCAGCGGCGGCGGUCUCAAGUUUACCUACGAGGCACAAAUGGAUGUGCCCAUGUUGCCAGUCAGCGCCAUCAAGGAUUCGCCUCCAAGUUCACCGGGCUCCGAGUUCGGUUCGAAUCUGAACACGAAUCUGACGACGGCAGCAAUCAAUGCUGCUGCAGCAGCCACAGCCGCAGUGGCAGCCAGCAGCAAUGUGCGCAAACGUGGACGCAAGGCCAAAGAUGCAACACUCGCUGCAACAACAGCGGCAGCUCAAGCAGCAGCAGCGGCGGCGGCAGCAGCAACAGUUGCCACGCAACCGGAUCUCAAGGAUGUGCGCAUACUGCAGAAUGGUUGCAGCAGCAGUGCAACAGCAGCAACAGUUGCUGCCACAGCCGCUGUACCGCCCGUCAACGCACCCACACCGCCAGCAACACCCGCCAGCAAUGCAAGCAACAGCGGCAGCAGCAACAGCAACAGCUCAAUCAUUGCGCACACGGCAACACAUAUGCUGGGCAACCAUGUGAAUCCCAGCAGCAGUGUGGCCCAGAAGCUGUCGGAGCAACUGCACAUGGAGGUCCAAGAUCAUGCCAUCUACACGCCCGACUCGAUGACCUCCCAAUUCGCUGGCGUCCCGUUUCCCGGCAAGCAGCGCAAUGCGAGCAACGCUGCUGCGGCUGCAGCUGCCGCAACAGCGACGCCGGCACCGAAUCCGUUGCAAUCGAUGUUCGGUGGCGGAGGCAUCAAUGGCAACAUGCCGAUACCCCAGAGUCUGGAGCAGUUGCUGGAGCGCCAGUGGGAGCAGGGAUCACAGUUUCUCAUGGAGCAGGCGCAGCACUUUGACAUUGCUUCAUUGCUGAACUGUCUGCAUCAGCUGCAGAGCGAGAAUCUGCGUCUGGAGGAGCAUGUGACCAGUUUGAUAGCACGUCGCGAUCAUCUGUUGGCCGUCAAUGCUCGUCUCCAGAUUCCGCUGAACAAUGCUAUCAAUAAUGCCAAAGCCGAGGCGCAUGCUUCCAGCAACAGCAGCAGCAACAUGAACAGCAUCAGCAGUGCAAAUGCUCUCAAUGCUGCCACCACAAUUGCAGCAGCCGUUUCGCUGGCAACAACUGCCAUCAAUACAACAACACCCACCAUGGCCAACAGUCGAGCGAGCAGCGCCAACAGCAGUAUUCUGGACUAUCGUAACAGCAGCAAUAAUAACAACAACAGCAGCAACAAUAGCAGUAACAGCAGCAGCAACAACAACAGCAUUAGCAAUAAUACUGCAAAUGCAAAUGCAGCCACAACAAAUGCUGCGACACCAAUGUCAGCGGUUGGCAGUCUUGCAAUGGGCAGUGCUGCCAACUUGGGUUUAAGGCAUGUGCCCGCUUCCCAUGCGUAUAACAGCGCCGGUAACAGCAGUAGCAGCAACAACAACAACAACACUAACAGCAACAGCCUUGGCAAUGUUAACGCUAACAGUGCCAGCAGCAACAACAACUUGCACACGCAUCAACAACAGCACGCAUCGUAUUUGCAAUCGCAGCAGCAGCAACAGCAACAACAACAACAGCAGCAGCAACAGCAGCCGCAGCAUUUGCAUCAUGCAGCGCAUACAGUGAUGGGCGUUAGCAUGGGCGGUGGCGCUGCGGCUAUUGGACGAGGUGGGUCAGCUACAGCGGUUGCUGCAACAACAACAACAACAAUAACAACCACAACCACAGCAGCAAGAGCAACAUUGACAACAACAACAACAACAACCACAUCAGGCAGUUUGCAACACCACGCGCACCCGUUACCGAUACCAGUACCAGUACCGAUAACGAUAACCAAUAUGAAUGCGAUAACGAAUACGCAUACGAAUACGAUAACGAAUGUUGUGAAUCCGCACCACCCGCUGCACCAUCAUCAUCCUAGCAUACCAGCUCAAUUGGCUGGGGGUGUGGGCGGCAUUGCCGGCAACGGCGGCGGCGGCGUUCACGUUGAUGAUGUAGCUUUGAGUAGCUCCUCCACCUCUUCCUACGCAGCGCAUCAUGCGCUUUACAACACGCAUCACCAGUCCCAACUAAGGCGCGACGAUAACCUAACCAAAUCUAGCUGAAAGUCAUACCGCGAGCAACAACAGCAAACAAAGCAGCACAUCAAGAAGUCCUCAAUCUUGGCCAGACGUGGUCGCCAAGGCAAUAGCAAUGGCAACAGCAGCAACAACAACAAAUCCCAGUCACACACAUACAAUAAACUUAAGCAGACAGCAAUUAGCUUUCAGCAGCUGCGCGAUAAUGACGAAGACGAUCUCAGUAGCAGCAGCAGCAGUUCUUCAACGUUUUCAUCGUCGUCGCCACAACACUCUUCGGUGGAUUAUGAGGCCGAAGAUGAGAACGAAGAUAAACAGCGACAGCGACGUCAUAAGGAUGAGAAUGACAGUUUAAUACAUGUGCAAAACUUUCUUAAAUGCUUUGGGACUAACGCCUUCGCCGGCUCUGCAGUGAGAACAGCAACGGUGACAACAGCAGCAAUGGGAACAGUUGCCACAUUAACAGAGUCCAAAGAAUACAGUUCAGCCAGCACAGAGCUGCGAAACUGGCGUCAAAACUUUCGCACCACUUCCACAACAACAACAACAACAUCAACAAUAACAGCGACGACAUCCACAGCGAAAGCAGCUACUGCAACAACAACAACAAUUACUCCACAAAUGCAAUUUAGUAACAGCAAGCCACAAAAAUUUCAAAUCAAUACGAAAUUUCUGCGCAAACCACGCAACAAACUGAUGAAAAUGCUGCCAGCAACAACCACAGCAAUAACUUUAGCAACCGGACAGCAACAGGAGCAACAAGAACAACAACAGCUAACGCAGCCAUUUAUUGAUGAUUCCAACGCCAAAUUCAAAGACUUUUCAAUUGACUCGCUAUUGAAUAA